CCCACGGCGCCCUCUGUGCACGCGCAGAGGGGCGCUCUUUCUUUUCCGCAAAGCAGGGGGAGGAGGUCCUCCUUCCAGAGGCCGCAGAGGGCGAGCAGCCCCGCUUCUCCCUCCCGUUUCUCCUCCUCGCCGGCCCGGGCCUGCGUCCUGCUAGUCGUGCGCCUUCUUCCUUCCCCACCACCCCCAAACCGCCCGUCCCUUGGUGCCUGUGGCCUGGUCUCGUCCUAGGACCGGCUGCUCCGUGUGUUUCUGCACCUGGCUUGUGGCCUCUUCCUGGUGUCUAUCCUAUACCUGGUUUCUUUUAACAUAAGGCUAUUAUUCUGUGUCCUGGCUUGUUCGCUUUGAAGCCUGAGUGCUGCCCCACUCCACAAGAGUCCCGAUCAAGGCAGGGGCUGCUUCAGGGGAGAUAGGCUUAACCCUUGUUUUAAACUUAGUAUUGAAAUUACUUUUUUCUUUUUGUUUUUCAAAGAAUGGCAUGAAUUGUUGCUAGCCAACCAGAGAACUUUGGCUAUCAGGUGGGAUAGAAAUGGAAUUAUACCCAAACAGCACAAGGAGCAGAGAGUGGCAUAAAUAGGACCUGUUCUCAGUAUACUGGCACAAGACCCCAUUGCUACCAUUUGCCAGCAAGUGGCAUUUAGUGCUGGGCUCAUGGUUUUGCACUGAAGGAGAAGGCGGGGGUGUCUGCACACAGAAUGGGGAGGAAAGUGACACCGGUAACAGAAAGCUCUGUUUUGUUUAGGUAGCGAUCCUGAUGUGUUUGUGUACCUCAGAGAAGCUGCUUUCAGCUUUUGCCUUUUGUCCAAGCUGUUUGAAAUUUGGUGUGGGGGGUUGGGGCAGUUAGGUAUGUGCAAUGGCUGAACGUCCAGAAGACCUGAAUCUACCCAAUGCUGUCAUAACCCGCAUCAUCAAGGAAGCACUGCCUGAUGGAGUGAACAUUUCCAAAGAAGCCCGGAGUGCAAUAUCUCGAGCUGCCAGUGUGUUUGUACUGUAUGCAACAUCAUGUGCCAAUAACUUUGCAAUGAAGGGAAAGAGGAAAACACUGAAUGCUGGUGAUGUUCUCUCAGCCAUGGAGGAAAUGGAAUUCCAGCGGUUCACAGGCCCUUUAAAGGAAUCAUUAGAAGCGUACAGGCGUGAGCAGAAAGGAAAGCGGGGAGCUUCGGAGCUAAAGAAAAAAGACAAAGAUCAGAAGGAAGAUUCUGAAGAUCCUGACAAGAACCGGGAGGAGGAGGAGGAGGAGGAAAGGAUGGAGGAGGAGGAACCAAAUGAGGAGGAAGAGGAGGAGGAAGAGGAGGUGGAUAGCUGAGCUGCUGCCAGGCCUGGGCAUGUGGAACAAAUGCAGCUGCCCCUUGUUCAAAGCAAAGUGCUCUGUGGGUGCCAUGACUGAUAAGGGGAAAGCUAGUUCCCCCCACCCCAACUGGAGCACAUUUCCUGUGAUGCUGAAGAAAAGUCUCUUCCCAUCCCAGCAGAAUGUCCGGGGCAGCUGAACAAUACUUGUUGGGCCCUCGGUGUUCGGGGAAGUAAAUGCGGAGCACCUAGGGGCCCCACGAAGCUAGAUGAAAUGGACAUGAAUGAAAUGAGCUGGCUUAGCUAACUGCCCCGAAAUUGACUCUAGCAGGUCUGCUUUAAAUUCGGGGAGUAAAGGAUUGUAGUCAUUACUGGAUAGGACUUAACAUGGGAGAAUGGCGACUCUCUCUCUGGCCUGCAGGCCUGUGUUUGCUCUGCAUUCCAGCUUUUCAUAUGAGGCUUUUUGGAUUCACUGAGAGCUCAUCUUUUCUCAGGCUCUGGAGGUUUUCUUCAUUUCUGAUUCAACCAUGAACGUUUUCCAUCUGCUGUCCAAAGUGUGCUAUGUUUUUGUUCUUCCAAAGCUCUCAGUUUAUGAGAAAUAAAGCUCAUGCUUAACUGCC